CCUGCGCGCGCUCCCAUUGGCUGCGGCGGCGCGGGGCGGGCCCGCUUUGUGACGUCACGAUCAGCUGUCGGAAGGUGCCGAUUUGUGCGGGGGAGCGGCGCGCGCUCGGCAGAACCGCGGGGUCCGCACCGGCACCGGCACCGAUACAGAUACACGUACCGAUACAGCUACAGCAUCUGCACCGGCACCGGCACCGCCCCGGCACCCGCACUACCUCAGCGCCCUCCGCCGCCCGGGACACGCAGGGCCGGCCUUUGCACUGAAGCCGAGGGAAGCACCUCACAACUGCACUGCACACUGCUCAACUCUGACUCCCCUGGCAGCCAAACCUCUCUGUCACUGACACCUCGAGGGCUCUUUCUCCUCUCCCUGCCCAUCUCUCCUGUGUCUGUGCCUGGAAGCUGGUGCCCAGCAGUAGCUCUAUCUCCCUGUCCAUCCUGCUGGACCUCUCCCCACCAUGUUUCAGCGUCUCACCAGCCUCUUCUUCAGUGACAGCAGCACACCAGAGGGCCUGGAGGAGCCCAAACCCUUUGUCGAGGAAGAGGAGGAGGAGGAUGGCUGGCUCAUAAUUGAUCUUGCAGGCAGCCGAGAAAAGCCCGGCCCAGGUGCUGCUGCCGGUGCUGGCGGUACCGGGCGCUCGGCGCGGCCCCGCCCGGCGCCCCCCGGUCCGCCACCGCCACCGGCUGCUUCCCCGGUUCCGGCCGGUCCCUGCUUGAUGGACGAGAGUUGGUUUGUCACCCCUCCCCCCUGUUUUACUGCAGAGGAGCCCGGCCCCGACGGCGUGGGGAGCAGCCCCAUGGAGGACCUGCUCAUCGAGCACCCCAGCAUGUCCGUCUACGUCACCAGCACCCUCGAGGUGGACGGGGAGAGCCCCGAGGACGAUGCUGCAGAACCAGGCUCAAGGGACUCAGACACUGCCGAGCGGCACCGCCUGGCCCAGAAGGCGCUGCAGCGGCAGAACCGGGCCCGGCAGCGCCCGCCCCGCCGCGCCAAGCAGCUCCCGGGGGCCUUCGUCCACCAGCCCUGCCAGCGCCACUGCAACUACUGACCUCGCUCCGCCGCCCAGGGGCUCCCCCCGGCCGGCCCCGGCCCCGGGAGCGGCCCCACGGACACCGGGGACACGGCGGCGGCUUCACUCCGCACCCCGCGCCCGCACGCCUGACCCGCACUCCUCAUCUUCCUCCCGUGCCCUCGCCGCGCCCCUCGCCCUCGAUGCCGCCGGCAUGGAGGGCCACGCUACCCCUGCCCGCUGCCUCGGCAGCCUUCACCCGGGAAACCGGAAUUCCCAGUGAAAUCACCUGUUCCCGAAAUCACCUGUUCCCGGUGAAACCUGUUUGUCCUGAUAAGCCUGUGACAUCAGUGCCUUUCCUCACAUCAUGACUCCAUGUACAGCCUGGCUGGGAUGUCACAGAGACAUCGAGCAGGAGUGACAAGAGCAAUGAAGCCACAAGAUUAGGGAUUUUUAGGAAAAUCUCAUCAAUGACACUAAAUAAUGCUUCCGCCCUGCAAAACCAGCAAAUACUCCUCUCCCUCCUUGAUUUUUUAGCUAUGUUUUACCAUGACAGAUUAUGCCCCACUGCCAGUCCUGAAGGGGCUUGUGGUUGAAAGCGCUGGUGGAAUCGCCACAGCUGGCUCAGCCAGGCAGCUCCUGGUGCCUCACGGUGCUGUUUUUUUUAACAACGUUAAAGGAAAUCUCAGGAAUCAAAGCACCGUCCCAGCGCCGCGCCGGAGCGCUUGGCUGCCGUGCCAGGAGGGGUGGCCAGCCUGGGGUGGCAUCACCGUGGCUGGUGGUCCCAUCCGAGCGAGCCCUUUGGUCCUGGAGCCAGUCACCUGCCCCAGCUGCAUCCCCGGGGUACGCCUGUGUCUGUGUGUGUAUGGAUUUCUGUGUGCCUGGACACUCACAAGAGGCACUGCUAAGCCGAGGGUUGCUGCCUGCUGGUGUUAGUCCCCAGGAGGGGAGAGGAGGCAGGAUCUGCACAGCUUCCCUCAGGUGGCCAAAGCACGUCCGUGGUGGUGGUGAAGAGAUGCUGAAGAGGCCGGAGGGAAGAGGCUGAAGUAAGGACAAAGAUGGGUCUGGGAGCCAUGCACUGGGUCAGGAUGGGGCAGGUCUGAGUGAGAGGAUCGCUGUAACAGGAGCUGUGACAGAGGCAUCUUCUUUCCCCACUGAAAAUGGCAUCCUUUCCCAUGAAGGGCCAAAUUCACUGCUAGGCGAUGCUAAUUUUUAAUGCAAAUCCCUUCUCUCUUCCUGAUGGACUCCUUCUGCCUUCGGAAGAACAUGGUCCAGGCUUUUCAUUGGCUCAAGCACCAGCUGAGACAGCUUCAAAUCCAGCAGAAAUUUGCUGAUCUGCCCCCAGUUCUCUCCUUUUGGGAACUGAUUUUUGUACCCUGUGCCCUGGGAAAGCACCCUGCUCAUGACCACAGCCUGGAUUCCCACCCUCUGAGACAAGAAAUAUCCCCACAACACUCCAGAAAAUUCUGAUUUCACCAGAGGUUCUUCCACUCACCAUGUUGCAUCCCUUAAUAUCAGCUGGGCUGAAGGAAUUGUGGUGAGCCCAAACUGAGACAGCUGAUAGAUAUUCUUUUAAUGAGAUUAAAGCCAAAAUGAACCUUCUUAGUAGCAACAGCCCCUAGCUCUGGGCCAGGGAGCCUGGACCGUGGUAGCCAGCUGCUGCUGCUCCCCUGCAGCAUUUCCCCUUCCCUCCACUGCCUCGGCUUUCCCAAAGGCACCGGGCUGGGCAGCUCUGGAGUGGUGCAUCCCAAGAGGGGGAAGCCCGUGCCCUGGGCAUUGCCCUGCCCUCCUCGGGCCUCACACAGCCUCUGUCCCUCGCCACGCCUGAGACCACACCGAGAUCACCCUGUUGGUGAAGAGGCCGACAUCUCCUGACUCCGGGGGAGUGUUUACAUCCUUUGACUUCCUGGGCUUCACACUCAAUGCCUUUUUUUGCCCCUGCAGCGGUGCCUGGGAUGGGCUGGGAGCAGGGCAGGGACAGUGGCCCCGGCGCUGUGGCAGCAGGCAGGGGCUGAGCCCGGCUGUGAUGGGUGCUGCCCUCCCAUCCCCGCUGGACGCGCCGCUCCGUGGCCGCUGGGCAGCAGCCUUGGAGGAACCCCAGCACACAUCAAGAAGGGCAGAAGCCAAGCACUGUCCAGCCUUCCAGCUUGGUCUUCGCUGCACAUUCUCCUGCUGCCAGUCCCUCUGGAGCACUCCAGAAAUCAGAGGCUGGCUGUGAGGCCACUGCGCCCUCGGCAGCUCCCAGAGGAACAGGCUGGGGGAGCAGUGGCCCCGAGGCAGAUCCUGCCAUGUCUCACCUGCCAGGCUCUCCUGUGCCUGCCCAGCUGCUGGAGAUGGCACCCCAGGAGAAAUCCCAUAUGGGAAUCCUCCCGUGCACCCUUCUCAUCUGCUGUGAGCCCGAUGGCCAUUCCUGGGGGACUUGUCUCAGCCUGGCACUGCCACCAGCACCCAGUGCCCAUUUCAAACAGGUGAUCUUCUUUGUCUGUCCUGGUUUUCAGAAGCAAAUUCAAACUCUUUCUGUGCCAGUCUGAGAUGUCUUUCAUCACUCUGUGCCCAGCCAGCACAGGAGAUGAAGCAGAACUAUUACCACACUUUAUACCCAGAGUAUGUUUAUAAAGGAUUAAUAAAUUAUUAAUAAUGUUUUCAUGAAGAGGUUAGUCCAGACCCUGAGCUUCUUGUGGGUCAUCGGAGUGCACAAACCACAGCAAAUGAGCUCCUGCAAGUCCCCUCUGUUGUUUGCACUCUUGCUGUGUAUUAACACCUAACACUCACCUGCCAACCCUUGCCAGGCACCUGUCACCCCCAGUGUGACCCCCCCUCCCCGUGCUCUGGUCAACCUGUGCUUUGCAGAAGACCUGCAGUGUUCUGCUCCUGCCCAGCAGCAAGACCUGACCUAGUCCCAGGCCUCCUGCCCAGUGCUGCCAGAGCAAGAAAACCCCUUUUCACUGAGGUUUUUUGUGUCCUCAAAUCUUAAAACAAAUGAAAGGUGCUUAAAAACGGAAAACUUCCUGUGUGUGCACCCAUUUGCAUGUGUAGAUAUUUCACAGCCCAGUGUAGGUGUUCAGUAGCUUGUUUUGGGGUUGAUUUUUUAGGGGUUUGUUGGGGGUUAUUUUUGCACCCAGUAUUUGUGAUGCACUGUGUGGUACUUCCAAUGGGAAGGUUCUGGUUUGCAGGGGGCUCUUGAGCUGGUCCUGCUGGGACAGGUGGGGUGAAUUUUGAUUUGUUUUCUGUACUUGUGUAGGGGGAAACUACAGCAUGGACUCAGGGACAAACCUAUCUGCUGGGGUCUUUAAAAAUGUCUUUUUCCCAGGCUUCUUUAUUAGAAUGUGGGAUUUGGUUCUGGGAUGAUGCAGGGAUGUGGCCUGUGGCAGCACGUGGUGGUGACAGGAGCUGCAGGGUGCUCUGACACUCCUGUGUGAAAAAGAAAUUGUGGCCAUUUGUAGUGGGAUCAUUCCUGGGCUGCAGCCCCUCUUCAUUUGUUCAUGACCUGAAAAUUCUCCUUUACAGUCAAAUGGCUUGUGAACAACCAGGUAUGGAUUUUCAGCACUGGGCCUCCUGGGGUUUGGGAGGUGCAGCAGGACUGUGUGUUACAGCCUGUCCCACAUCACUGGGAUCAGGGCACAACCAGGAUGGGGAAGCCAUUGAAAUGAUCACCUGGGGAAAUGGUGAUGCAGGCAACUGAAAGAAAUUGUUGUAUUUCUUGCAAUGUAAGCAUAAAAAAGGUGAGAAUUCUCAGUGGAGAGGCCUGGGCAAAUCCCUGUUCAGUAAGUGCCAGUUUUGCUGGGCCGUGUGUCAGUGCUGGGCCCAGACACUGAGCUGGCUCCAGCCCCAGCUCAGGUGGGCAGCAGGGCACCUGGGGCAGGCUGGGACAGUGCUCCCAGCAAUGCUGGAGCUUGUGAGAGCCCCUGUGGAGGGAGGAAUCUUCCCACCAUGAAGCCCCCGUGGUGCAGGGAUCUUCUCCAAGUGAGAUUUGCCUCUGCUUGCCUGGUUCUGCCCUGGCUGCCACGUCCCAGUGCGAGGGAUGAACCCUCAAAGCCUGAUGGGCCAGGAGGGACCAGGAGGGACAGCCCUGCUGGAGAAGUGCCACUCUUGGGCUGCAGCAGGGCCCCAGUGCCCCCAAGGCUGUGCUUGCUGCCCGGGGCAAGCUGUGGCCAUGGCACACUCAGGACCCCUCACCAGCAGCCACAACAAAGUUCUCACAGCAAAUUCUGGCUCUUGCUUGGCAUCGCAAGGCUGGAGGGAUGCCAGGGGAGUAGGGGCAAGAGUCCUCCUCAGCUGUUGCUCUGAAACUUGCACUCACAAAUGCUGCUUCUAAGAAACUCUGCUGCAAAAGCUUGGUCUGGAAGGAAAACAAUUCUUUCCAUGGGAGUCCAUGUUUUCUUCUCAUUGUGCAGAACAUAAAUGCAUGGUUCAUCCCAAAGAUCACUGCUGUGGCAAUCUUCUCUCUUUAGGUGUGUUCUAAUCAAUAAUUUUUCAUUUACAUCAUACUAGUACUUUUUCUUCUCUUCAGCCCUAAUGGGGAGCAAAAUACCCACUUAAAUGUCUUACCAGACCAGUAAAGAAGAAAAAAGAUAAAAAAAUACUCCAGUGAGGUUUUAGGCUUGAGCCCCACAGCUUUGCAGUUGCCCCUCUGGAUCAGUAUCAAUUCCAUUGCCCUGCAUAAAAUGGAAAUUAAACUUCAUGUGAAUUUAGUGAAAAACAAGUGAGUCCCCAAAAAUCAAACAUCUAAUAGUUAGGAAGUAGUAAGAAGACAUAAGUCACCUCAAGUCAAGAGAAAUGGUUCUCAGCAUAUCUCAGAAGGCAGCACUGGGCCCCACUGCCCUGGGAAUGGCUGCUGGCAGUCCUUGAGUCUUCCCUGAGUCUCUGGGUUAGAACAGGAGGCCAUCCAUGUCCAGCUGGUGCCACAGGGACUCUAGAGCCACCAGGCAUUGUCAGCUGCCACCACUCCUGCUCAUCUGCCUCCCCUUUGCUGCUCCUCCUUUGCUGCAUGCAUUCAGCAAUAGCUGCUGGUGGCAGGAGGGAAGCAUCAGCACCCCAGCGUCCCCCCAGCUUCUCAGACUUCCCCCCAGCCCUUCUCCAUCACUGGACUGUGGUGACCUCCUCUGGCAGGGACCAGAGCCUGAGGGGGGACGUGGAUGGCACUGGCAGUGCCCCUCUCCCAGGGGACUGCCACAGGCAGACCUGCCAGGGACAGGAAUGGGCCUUAAAAGGGGCUGAUCCCCUCAGGGCUUGUCUUCUUCAAGGUGGAGCUUCCCACCUCUCAGAUCUGCUCCAUUCAAAGUCAGUAACCUCUUCUUGUCCUCAUGGGCUCCAUCCCCAUCCCAUUCCCAUCACUGGAGUGGCUGCCACAAGUUGCCUGAACGUGGCUGUAGGAGCUGGAUGCAGCAGUGGGAAGGGCUCUGCAGGAUCCCUUCUUUGCUGAGUGUCCUCAGCCCCACUGGAGAUGGCACCUUCUCCUUGCUCACCUCCAGGAUCUCAGAGCACUCCCCAGCUGUGGGCUCUGGACAGCUGGACAAGGUUGGGCAGGAGAUCUCCCUACUCCAUCAGCCUUUCUUUUUGCUUCCUGAAAGCAUUUGUCAUUAACACAUAACCCUCCCCUUAGAGGAAUGAGGAUGAUGAGGAUGAGCAGCUCCAUUUAAUAGCAAAAGAGACUUUUAUGUGUGAUCAUUUUUUCAGUUCUUUGCAGAGUGGUGACACCCAAGUGUGUCCCCUGUCACUCAUUCUGAGCUGACACCUCCCAGGCUGGCGAGGGGGUUGCUUUUCCAUCCCCAUAUUUUGUACAGGGAUGCUGCCCCACACUCCAGAGCACAAAAAGAGCUGCAAAGCUUUGACUGUUGCAGCUAAACCUGAAAAUCCUUCUGCCUUCCACUCUGACCCUAUUUCAUUGCAUGGCAGGGAGGAAAAUUUUAUUCUCUGCAAAUGAAGGAGAAAACAGCACAGUAAAUUCUAAGUGUAUGUUAAAAAUGGGUUGCACAGGGGAGCCCAAAGCUCCUCUGCUCUUUCACAUUCACCUCAAGUACCCUUGCUGGGGAGCCAUGAGCAGCUGUGCCCACGUCUCACUGAAUUCUUAUCUUCAGCUCUGUGCUUUGGCAAGUCUGGGGAUGAGGGAGCAGCACAAGGUGUAGCAGUAAACCAGUGAAAUUUCCUCUCGUGUCAGAACUGCACUUGCACAGAGCCACCGAGCACUGCAAUAUUCUCUCUGUGUGUAUCCACCCCUGGUACCUGCUUGUAAAACUCUUGCCCACACAUUACCCUCCCCCAUGCGGGACUGACUGACCGUACAUGUGCCUUCACCCUUUUUCAUGGUUUGGCAUCUUUUUUUAACACAAUUACAGAACUUGAAAAAAAAAAUCACUGAACUGCAGUUACAAGUCCUAUGCAAGAGGUGACCAGGGAGUCAGUUUUCAGUAUUUCUGUGUUUCUGUGUCAUUUUCAAAGUCAAUGUGGGGUUUUUCAGAGAACCCCAACAGAAUGAAUGCCCCAAAAUCUUUUUUUCUUUUUUUUUUUUUUGCUAAAAAGCAUUUAGCAUUUUGGAUAUACUAAAUCUCUUAGGCAGCUUUGAAAAGCUCUAAAUCCCAGUUGUUCACUGGGCCGUGUUUGGAGAGCGAGCAGGAGCAGGAUGCCAGGACAGAUGGCUGUUCCGUGGUUGGAAAAGGUUGCCUUAAGCCUUCCCUGCAAUGUUCCUGUGCUCGGGGCAGCCCGGGCAGAGCAGCUCCCACCCCGGGCUCUGCCUUACACUGGGGGUCUGGGAGAAGAGGGAGGAACCAGCCCCACGCUGUCCACAUCACCUGUGCUGUAGGACUGAGACCUCGUCUGGAACUCGAAGUAACGAAAUCCGUCCUUCUUGUGUGUUCUGUGUUCAGUUGGUGUAAGCAGGGUUCGUAGGGAAGGGGUGUCUCCUCCUGUUAGGACAUUGUGUAAACAUUUGCUGUGUGUCGACUGCCUGGGACACAUUGUGUAGUGUGCCUGUGUGUGUGUAACCUGGUUUUGGUUGUUAGGUUGUAAUGCUGUCUCUUGAAUGAAAAAAAUAUCUAAUAUAAAGAAAAAUCACAAGAAAUAAAACAAUAUAUAUUUAAAAUCUA